AUGGCUACCGAACCUGAUUGUCCUGCCGCUGGGCCAAACCCUGUGGUACCGACUCCAAGCAUCGCAGCAAGCAAGCCGUCGCAUCGCUAUCAACAUUUCAUUCCUCAAUUCCUCCUCAAGAACUUUGCCCACAAAUAUGUCGCUCCCGACUCCCUUGACUCGACCAAGGCCAAGAAGCGGAAUCCCAACACUGGCAUGUAUUCUGGAGAGCCAGCGGUUAAUACCCUCCACCUCUCUGGCGAUUUCUCCCUGGAAGAGUGUGCGGUACGACGUACUUGCGGCAUGGAGGAUAUGUACGAGGACACCGACAACUUGCUGAAAGACCACGGCCAUCUCGAGAAGAAGUUUGCCGCCAUAGAAAGCACGGCGAGCUUCAUCUAUCGCAAGAUUGUCAAGGCGUAUAAAAAUGGCAAAGACAACAUAUGUCUGACACGAAAAGAAAACGACUUCUUACGCAAAUUCAUAUUCCUGCUUACCUUGCGUAGUGUGCAAUACCACCGAAAAUACAACAUCAACAGCGUACAUGAUUACGACGGGGAUGAUAAGGUGUGGUUGCAGGAAUACAUGGAAUCGUACGGGUUUACAAAGCCCCUUGAUGUCUGGCUUCAGAGCUUGGAGGUGCUUAUUGAUUUGGAGAUUGAUCCCGAUGGAAUCUGGGUCGACUUCGUCAAAGAGGCCAUCUACUUCCCUAUUGCCGACAACUUUAUCGACCAUAUGAAAAAGAUGUACAUGACUAUCUGCACGCCGGACGAACAUGUCGAGGAGUUUAUCCUUACAGACAACUGCUGCAACGUAACCGAAGGGACGAUCCCAACUUACCUCAUGGAGAAUAUGAUCAGUCACCUGGACCUGGCUCCUUGUUUUCACAGAUUUGCCCCCGUUUCGCCAAAGCUCAUGAUAGUCUUGCGGUACAACCAUUUGCCUGAACAAUUUUGCGUUGCGGAUCCAGUUGCUACAGUGCAGCGACAAACCCAGCAGCAGACUGGCUCUGGUGACGGAACUAAAUCCAUGCUGGAGGGCCUCCCUAUCCGAAAAGCAAAGAUUACACCAAUGGAAGAGGUCAAUGGACAACUGGUGCCAAGAAUUGGAACGAACCAGAAAUUGUACGAAUGUGACAAUUUCUACUUCACAAUCUUUAAAAUACCUGCCCAACACGUCCGAAUAAUCAAUCGUCUUUUGAUUGAUCUCGCGUUCCAUGGCUCGAGAAUCAUCUUUUUCAGAAAGAAAGCCUUCAUGGAUUUGAUUACGUGGUUUUUAUCACAACCAUGCAUAGUAGGAAAGAGAUUGACAGAAAAACAUGGCGCCCAACAGUUGGGCUACAUCAGGGGCUUGCUCCAAUUUAUGAGGCGCGAGGGAAGAGAUGUUACUUUCAAAUGGACAUUUGGGCCAAAUGAAUGUGGCGACCUUGACCAAGUACACAUUCGUAACGUUGCUUUCACCAAGUAUUUGGAAGAUACGAAUCGUGGAAAAGAUGGUAGUGGUUUGGAUCAUGAAACACUUUAUCAGAAACUAGGUGGAGUAACCGAGAACUUCAAUAGCGAUAUGGCAGCGGCUACUAUCAUGUUUGAGACCUGGACCAUGAGUGUCGAUUUGAAUUACGGUUCGCCUGACUACCAAUCUACUUGCCGGGAGAAGCUCGAGCGACUCCUAGCAGGCCAUCAAGGACAGUCUAAUACUCGGUUUUGGCUUUUCCUGAAGAAAAUGCGACUUGGUCAAGUAGUGGCGACCAAAGCCUUCCACUCAGUACCGGGCUUUGCUUUGCUUGUCAAACCAGAGUGCAAAGGAUCGGAGGACAUGCUAGCCUACGCACACUCGACCGUACCCGAUAAAGAGCUCAAUGUGGCCAUGUACAAGGCUUUCAACGAGAGCAUAGUUGAGAUCAGAGGUGCUGGGUGCGGCCUGGAAACAAUGGGGCAAUUUUCACUUUUUGGAAAUAAGAAAUGGAGAAAUUCGAAACCUGCUGGCCGAGAUGAGCCUCGCGUUGAUAAGAAAAAGAAAGAGAUGAAAGACAAGAAGAUGGUUUGUCCUGCGUUGUCUGAUGACACGAACGGGAAAGCAUCAACGGAAUCCGCCUGCGAGGAGAAACAGCUUGACUCGAAAGAGAACAGUGAUGGUGACAAGAAAGCAAUUUGUUCUUUGCAGCCUGAAAGCACCAACGAGACAGCAUCAGUCGAAUCUGCCUGCGAGAAAGAACAACUUGACGCAAAGGAGAAGAGCAAUGAUGACAAGAAAGCAACCGGCUCUUCGCAACCCGAAAACACCAACGAGAAAGCAUCUACAGAGUUCGUCUGCAAGAAUAAAGAGCUUGAUGCGAAGGAGAAAAGUGAUGAUGACAAGAAAGCGAUUCGUUCGUCGCAACCUGAAGACGGAAAGAAAGGACCCCCAGCGAGCAUUGAGGAACCAACUAAAACUAGCGAUGAUGACAAGACGAAAGGCAAAGUUUGUGCAAGUAACACGGUCUGUACUGAGGGCAAGCCAACCUCUUCUUCGCCGGACGAGAGCACGAAGAAGGAAGAACAAACGGACACGGACCCCACAGAACAACAACUUCAACCAAUCCAUGGGGUCCAGAAGACAGAAGAUGAACCUGUCCUACAGAAAAGUCCGACCAAAGCCGUGGCCCGCAAUAAAAAGGCAUUGAAUACUCUUAUCGACAAUAAGAAAAUGUGGUAUGUUUGGGCGACCACUGUCUCUUGCCUGCUAGGCUCGCUGGGUCUCUUUGUCCUUGGAGCUCUCGGCUGUCUUCUCUCGCCAAUUCUUCGCGUUUUAAGCUAUGCUGUCUCGCGAUUCCUUGACCACUUUGUCCUGCUGUUGGACAAUAUGGCAGUGGCGUCGAAUAAUCUCCGGUUUGCUUUGUUUCCCUUGGCAAAAUAUUUGCUUCACAUGACAAUGAUUUUGAUUGUGAUUGUUUUGGGCCUUACCAUGGCCAAGAAAUCGUUUAGAAAGUAA